GUGCUGCGGGGCAGCGCGGCCGCGGUGCCGGCGCGGGGCCAUGGCGGCCCCGGACAGCUGCGUCAAGGUGGCCGUGAGGAUCCGCCCACAGCUGCCCAAAGAGAAGAUCGAGGGAUGUCACAUCUGCACCUCGGUGACACCUGGCGAGCCCCAGGUGCUGCUGGGGAAGGACAAGGCCUUCACCUAUGACUUUGUCUUUGACCUGGACACGUGGCAGGAGCGGAUCUACAGCACGUGCAUGGGGAAGCUCAUCGAGGGCUGCUUCGAGGGCUACAAUGCCACCGUGCUGGCCUACGGGCAGACUGGAGCAGGCAAGACCUACACCAUGGGCACGGGCUUCGACAUGAGCAUCUCGGAGGAGGAGCAGGGCAUCAUCCCCCGCGCCAUCGGCCACCUCUUCAGCGGCAUCGAGGAGCGCAAGCGAGCGGCCCGGAGCCAGGGCGUGGCCGCGCCCGAGUUCAAAGUCAGCGCCCAGUUCCUGGAGCUGUACAACGAGGAGAUCCUGGACCUGUUUGACAGCACGCGCGACCCCGACGCGCGGCACCGCAAGUCCAACAUCAAAAUCCACGAGGACGCCAGCGGGAGCAUCUACACCACGGGGGUCACGUCACGCCUCAUCAGCUCCCAGGACGAGCUGAUCCAGUGCCUCAAACAAGGAGCUCUUUCCCGCACCACCGCCAGCACGCAGAUGAACGUGCAGAGCUCCCGCUCCCAUGCCAUCUUCACCAUUCACCUGUGCCAGACAAGAGUGUGUGCCCGCCCAGAGCUGGUGAAUGAGGAGGUGAGCAGCCUUCUGGAUGGAUCCCAGCCUGCUGCUGAGUACGAGACCCUGACAGCCAAGUUUCACUUUGUGGACCUGGCUGGCUCGGAGAGGCUGAAGCGGACGGGCGCCACUGGCGAGAGAGCGAAGGAGGGGAUCUCCAUCAACUGUGGGCUGCUGGCCUUGGGGAAUGUCAUCAGUGCCCUUGGAGACCAGAGCAAGAAAGUCGUGCACGUGCCCUACCGUGACUCCAAGCUCACCCGCCUGCUGCAGGACUCCCUCGGGGGCAACAGCCAAACCAUCAUGAUUGCCUGUGUGAGCCCCUCUGACCGGGACUUCAUGGAGACCCUGAACACGCUCAAGUACGCGAACCGGGCCCGCAACAUCAAGAACAAGGUGGUGGUGAACCAGGACAAGACGAGCCAGCAGAUCAGCGCCCUGCGCGCCGAGAUCGCCCGGCUGCAGAUGGAGCUGAUGGAGUACAAGGCUGGCAAGCGGGUGAUCGGGGAGGACGGCUCGGAGGGCUACAGCGACCUGUUCCGCGAGAACGCCCUGCUGCAGAAGGAGAACGGCGCGCUGCGCAUGCGCGUCAAGGCCAUGCAGGAGGCCAUCGACGCCAUCAACAGCCGCGUCACCUUCCUCAUGAGCCAGGAGGCCAACCUGAUGCUGGCCAAAGCAGGUGAUGGUAACGAGGCCAUUGGCACCCUCAUCCAGAACUACAUCCGGGAGAUCGAGGAGCUGAGGACCAAGCUGCUGGAGAGCGAGUCCAUGAACGAGUCCCUGCGCCGCAGCCUCUCGCGGCUCUCGGCCCGCGGCCCCUUCUCCUCGCCGGGCCCCGGCCUGGCCGCGCCUCCCGCCGACACCGAGGCCUCCGACGUGCUCCGCAGGGCCAAGCAGGACCUGGAGCGCCUCAAGAAGAAGGAGCGGCGCCAGCAGAGGAAGAGCCCGGAGAAGGAGGCGUUCAAGAAGCGGCAGAAACUGCAGCAGGACAAUGGGGAGGAGACGGAUGAGAACGAGGUGGAAGAGGAGGAGGAAGAACAGGAUGAGAGUGGCUGUGAGGAAGAGGACGGGCGUGAGGAUGAAGAUGAGGACUCGGGCAGUGAGGAGAGCCUGGUGGACUCGGACUCGGAUGCAGAGGAGAAGGCUGUGAAUUUCCAGGCCGACCUGGCAGAUCUGACCUGUGAGAUUGAGAUCAAGCAGAAGCUGAUUGAUGAGCUGGAGAACAGCCAGAGGCGUUUGCAGACCCUCAAGCACCAGUAUGAGGAGAAGCUGAUCCUACUGCAGAACAAGAUUCGGGACACGCAGCUGGAGCGGGACCGGGUGCUGCAAAACCUCAGCACCAUGGAGUGCUACACGGAGGAGAAAGCCAACAAGAUCAAAGCAGACUAUGAGAAGAGGCUGAAGGAGAUGAACAGGGACCUGCAGAAGCUGCAGGCAGCCCAGAAGGAGCACGCUCGCCUGCUCAAGAACCAGUCCCGCUACGAGCGGGAGCUGCGCAAGCUGCAGGCAGAGGUGGCCGAGAUGAAGAAGGCAAAGGUGGCGCUGAUGAAGCAGAUGCGGGAGGAGCAGCAGCGGCGGCGGCUGGCGGAGACCAAGAGGAACCGGGAGAUCGCCCAGCUCAAGAAGGAGCAGCGCCGGCAGGAGUUCCAGAUCAGGGCUCUGGAAUCUCAGAAGCGACAGCAGGAAAUAGUGCUGCGGAGGAAAACCCAGGAGGUGUCAGCCCUGCGCCGCCUGGCCAAGCCCAUGUCGGAGCGGGUGGCCGGCAGGACGGGCCAGAAGCCGGCCAUGCUGGACUCGGGCGCGGAGGUCUCGGCCAGCACCACCUCCUCCGAGCCCGAGUCGGGCGCGCGCUCCGUCUCCAGCAUCGUGCGCCAGUGGAACAGGAAAAUCAACAACUUCCUGGGAGACCCCUCGUCCUCCAUCAGCGGGGCUCGGCCUGCCAGGAAGAAGUUCCCCAAGAAGGGCUCCAGCCAGACCUUCAGCAAAGCUGCCCGCCUCAAGUGGCAGUCGCUGGAGCGGCGCAUCUUCGACAUCGUCAUGCAGAGAAUGACCAUCGUCAACCUGGAGGCUGACAUGGAGAGGCUCAUCAAGAAACGUGAGGAGCUGUCACUGCUGCAGGAGGCGUUGCUGAGCAAGCGGGCAAAGCUGCAGGCAGAGAGCCCCAAGGAGCAGAAGGGCCUGCAGGAGCUGAACGAGGAGAUUGAGGUGCUGGGGGCCAACAUUGACUACAUCAACGACAGCAUUUCAGACUGCCAGGCCACCAUCAUGCAGAUUGAGGAGACCAAGGAGGAGCUGGACUCCACGGACACCUCGGUGGUGAUCAGCUCCUGCUCCCUGGCCGAAGCCCGGCUGCUGCUGGACAACUUCCUGAAAGCCUCCAUCGACAAGGGGCUGCAGGUGGCGCAGAAGGAGGCGCAGAUCCGGCUGCUGGAGGGGCGGCUGCGGCAGUCGGACGUGGCCAGCUCCUCGCAGAACCACGCCCUGCUGGACGCCCUGCGGGAGAAGGCUGAGUCACACCCCGAGCUGCAGGCUCUGAUCCACAACGUGCAGCAAGAGAAUGGCUACACCAGCACAGACGAGGAAGUUUCGGAGUUCAGCCUGGCCUCAGAUGGGAGCAUCUCCCAGUCUUUCACCAUGAAGGGCUCAGCAAGCCAGGAUGACUUCAAGUUCAAGGGAGAGCCCAAGCUCUCGGGGCAGAUGAAGGCAGUGUCUGCUGAGUGUCUGGGACCCACGCUGGACGUCUCCACCAAGAACAUCACCAAGUCCCUGGCGUCCCUGAUGGAGAUCAAGGAGGACGGGGUCGGCUUCUCCGUCCGCGACCCCUACUACAGGGAGAAGGUGUCGCGCACCAUCAGCCUGCCCACGCGAGGCAGCACCUUUCCCAGGCAGUCCCGGGGCUCGGACACCUCCCCCCUGACCAGGAGGAAAUCCUAUGACCGUGGGCAGCCUGCCAGGCCUGCAGACAUUGGCUUCACACCACCCUCGUCCCCCCCCACCCGUCCGCGCAACGACCGCAACGUCUUCUCCCGCCUCACCAGCACCCAGAGCCAGGGAUCUGCCUUGGACAAGUCUGAUGACAGCGAUUCCUCUGUCUCGGAGGUGCUGAGGGGCAUCAUCAACCCCGUGGGUGGCACCAAGAAUGCCAGGACAGCCCCACUGCAGUGUGUCUCGGUGGCAGAGGGACACACCAAGCCUGUGCUGUGCCUGGAUGCCACUGAUGAGCUGCUGUUCACCGGCUCCAAAGACCGGAGCUGCAAGAUGUGGAACCUGGUGACAGGCCAGGAGAUCGCCUCCCUCAAGGGGCACCCCAACAACGUGGUGUCCAUCAAGUACUGCAGCCACUCGGGGCUGGUGUUCACCGUGUCCACGUCCUACAUCAAGGUGUGGGACAUCCGCGACUGCGCGCGCUGCGUGCGCACGCUCACGUCCUCUGGACAGGUGAUCUCUGGGGACGCCUGUGCUGGCACCAGCAACCGCACGGUCACCAGCGUGCAGGGCGAGCACCAGAUCAACCAGAUCGCCCUGAACCCCACGGGCACCACGCUGUACGCUGCUGCUGGCAACUCUGUCCGGGUCUGGGAGCUCAGCAGGCUGCAGCCCGUGGGGAAGCUGAGUGGCCACAUCGGGCCUGUGAUGUGCCUGACAGUGAACCAGACUGCCAGCAACCACGACCUGGUGGUGACAGGCUCCAAGGAUCACUAUGUCAAGGUGUUUGAGAUCACCGAGGGCACCGUGGGCAACGUUGGCCCCACUCACAACUUCGAGCCCCCUCACUACGACGGCAUCGAGUGCCUGGCCAUCCAGGGGGACGUGCUGUUCAGCGGCUCCAGGGACAACGGCAUCAAGAAGUGGGAUCUGGAGCAGCAGGAGCUAAUCCAGCAAGUCCCCAAUGCCCACAAGGACUGGGUGUGUGCCCUGGCCUUCAUCCCCGGGCGCCCCAUGGUGCUGAGCGCCUGCCGGGGGGGCGUCAUCAAGGUGUGGAACGUGGACACCUUCACCCCCGUGGGGGAGAUCAAGGGCCACGAGAGCCCCAUCAACGCCAUCUGCACCAACUCCAAGCACAUCUUCACUGCCUCCAGCGACUUGACAGUGAAGCUCUGGAGUGGGAGGAGGUUGCCUGCGGGGUCAAACUAGGAGCUGCAGGAAGAGUGGAAGGCGUGGGGGCAGGGGAAGGGCAGGGAGCCUCCCCCUGCUGCCAGCACCUCCGGGAGUCAGCCCAGCACGGGGAUUUCUUUGUGCCUGACCCAGCGGGGUGGACAAUGCUGCAUCUGGUACUGAGCACUGCCAGCUCCUGUGGGGCUCUGUGGGGCACCUGCAGCUCCACCUGCCCUCCUGAGGUUCCUGGAUGGUUCUCCAGCGAACGGGAAAUGUUUCAUCUCUCCUCCAUCCUGCUGUAAGGACUCCUGGGGGUCAGAGAUCCCUGACUCCUCCUCAGAGACACCCAGAGACAUCCCUGCUGCCCCUGUGGCUGAUGUGGCCUCUCCUUGCUGUGCUGCUCCUGGGCUGGUUCCUGCAGGAGUUCUCCUCCACUCCACGAGGACAUUUGGUGUCUGCUGGCCAGGACCACGACACAGAGGGAGCUUCUCUGGAGCCACUGCUGGUGAGACACCUCUGCUGGGGACUACAGGAGGAUUUCCUGGCACUCCUAACCUUCCCUGUGCUCUGGGGACCUGUCCCCAGUGGCAGAGGGGUGCUCCAAGCUCCUUUGCCACGUCCCAUCUCGUGAGGCACAGCAAGCCUGGGAACAUCUCCACGUCCAGCCAGACCUGCUGAGUUCCCCUGGACAUUCUCCAGACCCCAGCAGUGAACCCCAUGGCUCUGGGCCCUUCCCCACAUGCCCAGCCUGCUCUGGGCAUCCUGCCCCCAUCAGGGGUUAGUGCUGUGGGUUAACCCUCUUGAGAUGGAGAAAUGAAACUGGAAUGGAGGUGACAGGGCUGGAUCUGUCACCCCACUGCUGUGGCUCUGUCUGUCCAUCCCUCAGGUUCUGUCCUCAGACCUCUGCCUGGACUGGAGCUUGCUGAGGCUGGGCCUGCAUGGACCCAGGGAUGGAGGGGACCAGCAAGGCACAGAGUCCACUGUGGCAGGAGCAGGGUGGGAGGGAUUGCACACACUGAGCUGCACAAGUCCCCUGAUUCCCCCUGUGCUCCAAGGACAGUCCUGCAGUGGAUGAUCUUGCACAAUCUCAUCUCCUUGAGGGUCUGGGGGCUCCACCAGGAGUGUUUCCCCAAGGAUGCACAUUCUGCAGGCUCUUUGCUCUGUCUCUCCUGUUCAAGGGGGGCUGGCAAGGCCCUGGUCUCACACUGGAGCUUCCCUCCAUCUCUGCUGUGGCCCACUGGACUGACCCCUGCCCUGUCCUGCCCUACCCAGGGCUCUUGUGGAUGGCCAAGGAGACCCCAGGAUGGGUGUUCUUGCCUCACACACUCUCCUUUCCCCUUUGUCACAGAAGAAGCAGAACUUGAACUCACAUUUAAGGAUUUCUGUGUGAUCCCACCAGCACUGAACUGGGAUCUUGGAGGCCAGGGGCUCCAGGACCUGCCCCAUAAAGCACAGACCAUUUCCCCUCUGCUCUCUCCAGCCAUGGUGAUACCUUGACCAGCCCCAGCUCCUCUGCCAGCAGCCCUGGCUCUGAGUGUUCUGCCUGGAGUGAGGGGAUUCUCUGAUCAUCAAACACAGGAGUGUCUCUAUUGAUUUGUUGGGGGGGAAUUCCAUCCUGCUGGCUUGCCUUGUUGCAGGGUAAAUGGUACCUGUGUGUGUGUGACCCUGCCCAGGACAGGCACUGCUCCCUGUGAGUGUGGCUGAGCCCUGCACAGCCAGGACUGGUGAGCAGAGGUGCCCUGUGGAGCUGAGGGUGCAGCCAAAAAAGCUCACAGACCUCAGACAUGGGGGCUGCAGAGGUGUCUCCCCAGGCCUGACAUGGAGAGGGUUUCCUCUCUCAUUCCUCAGCUGGUUUAUGCUUUGCUUGCCUGGAGGGCUCUGUGUGUGUCUGGGGGAGUGUUUGGCUGUAGCCUGGUGUUGUGUGUGAAUCUCUGUCUGCUCUGGGAUCCCCAGUGCCUGCCCUGGAGCCUCCUCUGCUGCUGAAGGGGCUCUGGGGCACCCAGGGUCACCUGCCUUGCCUUUUGCCACCAAAACCUUCCUGUGUGCAGGCUCCAAGUGCCUGGGUGAGCAGUCCUGGGUGAUGCUGGGCCUCUCUUGCUGCUGUGUCCAGCAGUGUCCUGAGGGGCCCCAAGGCUCUCACAGCCCGAGGAGGAGGGAGCUGAUGCUGGGCACUGGGGGGUUCAAGUGAGGGUGUCCUGGUUUAGGAAUAGUAUUGUCUAAUUUAGUGCUAAAACUGCACCACUCACACCCCCAUCCCCAGCAGGGAUGGGAGGCACAAAGAUGAAGAUCAUAGGU